UGUCAGAACAGCACGGUUUCAGCUCAGGUGUGCACUUCGACAUAACGUUAUGUAACGCUGCUGUGGUUGCAGCCCAGUGCAUAGAGACUCUACAAGGUCUGAUAUGUUCACAGCCCCCGCGAUGGGCGCAAGCGUUGACAGGAGUUUUCCUAGAGCACGUUGCCAAAAUGACGCAAGCCUUUAACACAAGUCAGUACGCGGAUUGUUGCGUUACUCCGAGCCGAGGACACGCUCUGUCUCUCUCGGUCUCUCUGUCUGCCGUUGUCAGUAUUUUCGUUUUCAGAAAAGAGAUGUUCGACCUCGAUUGUUCGGUGCUCGCGCGCUUUAUCGUUUCGUGCCUGACGGUUCAAGCGCUGCUGCAUCACGGCGCGCGCGGUUUACAAACGCGCAAGCAGCCUCCUGGUAUUGAGAUCUUUACCUCCACACAGUCAGUUACUUCAGGCCAAAAAGUCCUCACCAUAGAGGGAAGGGAGUGUAAGUUUCCGUUCCGAUUAGGUGGGACUCUUUAUCAUCAGUGCAUUACAGUGAGCUAUGGCAUUCAGUGGUGCUCGCUCACCAAUAAUUUCGACCGGGACAUGAAGUGGGGAUAUUGCAGUUCACGCACAACCCGUUUCAACACUGCUUUCUACGUAGUCAGCACGCAAAGCCUGUGCAAUCCGAACCCAUGUAAGAACGGUGGGGUUUGUAGCUCGAUUCCUUACCGCCGUUUGUUUGAGUGCGUGUGUCCGGACGCCUUCACAGGAGCCAAGUGUGAGCUGAAAAAGUGCUAUGAGCCACUUCAUCUUAGAUAUUACAACAUCGGCGAGGUGUGGGGACGAAUCCACCUGCGCAACGUCGAGCAGUGCAUGUGCAGUAAAGAUGGAGCAUCUUGUGAACGAACACGUUACACAGCAUGUCUAACUAAUCCCUGUGAAAAUGAAGGAACCUGCAGAAUAAUUGAAACAACAAGAGAGGCUGUGUGCGCAUGCAGACCAGGCUACAGAGGACCAUACUGUAACAUCUCACCCGAUGAAAAAUGCUAUAAAGACUCCGGGGUCCAUUAUCGUGGCACUGUGAACACUACGCUCUCUGGCACCCCCUGCCUGCCCUGGAACUCAGACCUCAUGUACAACGAGCUCUCGAUAGACACCGUAUACGAUGCCUCCCAACGGGGAAUCGGGGACCAUGCAUUCUGCAGGAACCCUGAUAAUGACAAGAAGCCCUGGUGCUAUACGAUGAAUAAUGGAGUGAUUUCCUGGGAAUACUGUGAUGUGCCAUCUUGCCCUAGAGUGUUCACUUCUCGUAAAGCUCCCAUUACAAGCUCUCUUCCCACUCCUUUGCCCAGUCGGAAGUCCACCUGUGGCAAAAGACACCCAAAGCGAGUUCCUCAAGGAAGAAUUCUGGGAGGCACUUCGGCGAUGGCUGGCUCUCACCCCUGGAUGGCAGCCCUUUAUAUUGGCGAUGAGUUCUGUGCUGGCAGCCUGAUCUCAUCAUGCUGGAUCGUGUCAGCUGCUCACUGCUUCCUGCGCAAUCCUUUGCUAUCAGCAGUGCGUGUAGUCCUGGGUCAGCACGUUUUUAACGACUCAAGCUCCAACACGCAGACGUAUGGCAUAGAAAAGUACAUCUUCUACGACCACUAUAAUCAAUUCAGCCCAACGGUCCACGAUAUUGCCCUUGUGAAGCUGAAAAAGGUUAACGGACACUGUGCUCAUAAAACCAAGUUCAUUCGGCCAAUCUGUCUUCCGGAAGAGUCCAUGACGUUCCCUGAUUACACGUGUUGCACUAUUACAGGCUGGGGACACAUGCAGGAGAAGGGAGACUCAUAUUCCUCCCUGACAGAGGGAAUUGUGAGGCUCAUUCCAGAUGAAAGCUGUUCCUCUCCCGAGGUGUACGGCUCUGAGGUGAGAGAGGGGAUGCUGUGUGCAGGAAGUAACACCUGUGUUGAUGCUUGCCAGGGAGACUCUGGUGGACCACUGGCAUGUGAGCGUAACGAAGCAAGUUUUCUCUAUGGUAUCAUUAGUUGGGGCGAUGGAUGCGGACGAACGGGGAAACCAGGAGUCUACACCAAAGUCACCAAAUACGUCAAAUGGAUCAAUCAUGUCACCCGACGAAAAAAGAAAUCCCAGAAAAAAGGACUUUAGUCGCCAGUUGCCAUGUGUAUUGCCAGACCUUUUUUAAAGAACUGUGAAUGAAGAGUAUGUUUUAUAAUCUAAUAAAUUAUAUUGAAACUAUGACUUGUUAUAACCUCAUGUCACUUGAAUAAACAAUGUCAUUCUGACAUAGACUUGAA